AUGGCUCGUCACUCGAGCAUCCCUAUGAGCCUCGAGCAGUCACUCGACGAAGACUACGUCGAAACACUCGCCAUGCUGGACGAAACCCGCACAGACAGCCCUUCUCGGCGAAAAACCAGCCGUAGUGGCCAGUCCCCUACUUCUCCGGGAAUGCUCGAUGUCGAUUCUCCUACCCCACGACAUGGCUCGAUAGCCGGAAUCGGUGUGGGUGUGACAAGCCCACGACAGCAAGACAAAAAACCAAAGCUUGAUCCAGCGGACCCCUCCACUUGGACGAGGCGGCAUACUGGCAGCAAACCCAGCAGUCCUACUCUCACCAAAUCCCAGCCUGCGGUCACGCGACUGGGUGACAAAGCAAGUGCGGACGAUACAGAAGGCUACGUUGGACUUCCGAGGGAAGAGACAAGUUCUCCGCAGACAACCACACACAGAGCAAUGUCAGAUUCGGGUCCAGCGCGACCCCGCGAUAGCCCUCGGUCAGGCGCUCUUGCAGCUGCCCUGUCGGGUGAGCUUGAAAGGUUGCAAGUAGCAUCUCCUGAAAGUUCCGACCAAAAUCUUCAAAAAGCGGCGGCGCGCUCACGCAGUCCGAGCGGACGCGUACACAAAAGCCCUGUUGUUGAGAACCCGGCUGGCCUCAGUCCAGGGAAUCAGACAACACAACAUCGUCCAUCAAACAGCUUCUCCACAAUCGGCAGUGGAUCCGACGCUGAUCAAGUUAAAGACGAUCCUGUGGGAGAUGAACUGGUAGUCGACGAGAGUAGCGAUGAAGAACCGUCGACAGAUUCGGAGGAUGAUUCUCGGGGACGCGAAAGAGGUCGGAAAGCUGAACCUUCAGAAGAAGUGACGAGCCCACCGUCAACGACCGAAGCAACCCCUACGUCCCCUGAGCCUUCAAUCUCGAUCACUAGUCCAGAGGGAGAGAAGAUGGCUGAACCACCUUCAGCACCAUUGGCCACAGACAACGGACCUCAGGAUCGGCGGGCAUCGAUAUCUACCCUUGGGUCUACGGAUGGCGAUGAGAAUGACAUCGCAAAAGCCAAGACCCUCGGCCUGAGUAUCUCACCACUCGACACCAAAGUCCCGGACAGACACGUACGAAUGAUCAUUCGUGGUGAUUGGACAAAAUUCCACAAGCAGGCCGAGGCUGGGGAGCGCAGUGUCCGCACAUAUCUCGCCUGCAGCGACCUGAGCAACGAGGCCAACUACGCGCUGGAGUGGACUGUUGGUACUAUUCUCCGAGAUGGUGACACAUUGUUGUGUAUGUAUUCGAUCGAAGACGAGCAUGCUGGGGAGGUCACAAGCGACAACAAGGUCACCGAGGCGGAGAAGGAGCAGCUACAUCAAGAAGGUGCCCAAGCCGGCAAAGACGCUAUGGACGUCAUGGAAGGUCUGACGAGGCAAACUACCAACCAAGACAGUCCUUCAACCUCGAAGUUCGUACCUGCUACAGAGGCCAAGAGUGCUACCGGCAGUGUGGAUUCCCGGAACGUCGGCAAGAAGGAACUGGAGAGGUUGAAAGCUAUCGACGAGAUCUCACAGACUUUCUUGAAGCUGGUGAGAAAGACCAGUCUGCAGGUACGGUGCAUGAUUGAGGUCAUUCAUUGCAAGAGCCCCAAGCACCUCAUACUAGGCGCAAUCGAUGAGCUGGAGCCGACGCUGGCAGUCGUGGGCACGCGCGGACGAAGCUCCCUCAAAGGCGUGCUGCUCGGCUCAUUCUCCAACUAUCUUGUCACCAAAUCGAGCGUGCCUGUCAUGGUCGCACGCAGGAAGCUCAAGAAACCCAGAUCAUCUGUUCGCGUGAGCAGCAACAAGAUUCGUCUCAGCAAUAACUUGACGGCAAGCUCGAUACCGGGGAAGCGACGCAGCUUAACACAAGCCCGGAUCGACUAG